UGGGGUUUCACUUUUCUAUUUCUUUACCUCUAGCUCUUCCCCUCACACCCCCCCCCCCCUCUCUUUUAUUAUAUAUCAUCUCCCUUUCAUUUCACAGCAUGAAGUUAUGAACCCAAACUCCCACUUACAGUAGUUACAUCCCCUCUCACUUCACCAGGGCUGAAACUUUCAGAUGAGUGAGAGAGAGAGAGAAGGAAAAUUUGUGUUGAGACACACGGAGAGUUUGAAAUUAAAAUGGGGUUGUGCUGGUCAUUUUCGUGGAUGAAUUGAUGUAAACGUUUUUCCAGCUUCUUUGUCUGUUGGAUGUUGAUUGUACUGUUUCUAUUCAACGGCUACCUAGCUAGGAGUUUGGAAGAUUAAGAUUGAUCAUAAAUUACAAGGUCAUGCACUGUACGACCCAAUUCAUCGGAAGGUCGUUUCGUUAAACAUACACAUAGCAAGGAGCAGUAGUACUGUUUUAGAGAUCGAUCGAGGUGAAGCCAUGAUGGCUGUGAGUUCGGCCUGCAAGGAUGGGAAGAUGGGACUGGACAACGGAAAGUAUGUGCGGUAUACCCCCGAGCAGGUCGAUGCACUUGAAAGGCUCUACCAUGAGUGCCCCAAGCCCAGCAGCCUUCGCCGCCAGCAGCUCAUCAGGGAGUGUCCUAUUCUUUCCAAUAUCGAACCCAAGCAGAUCAAAGUUUGGUUUCAGAACCGAAGAUGUAGGGAGAAGCAAAGGAAAGAGGCGUCGCGCCUGCAGGCGGUGAACCGGAAGCUUACAGCCAUGAAUAAACUUUUGAUGGAGGAGAAUGAUAGGUUGCAGAAGCAGGUGUCUCAGCUGGUUUAUGAGAACAGUUUCUUUCGCCAACAAACUCAGAAUCAGGCGACCCUUGCCACUACAGACACAAGUUGUGAAUCAGUGGUGACGAGCGGCCAAAACCACUUGACAACGCCUCAGCAUCCGCCAAGGGAUGCCAGCCCUGCAGGGCUCCUGUCCAUUGCAGAGGAAACUCUAACAGAGUUUCUCUCAAAGGCCACUGGAACUGCUGUGGAGUGGGUCCAAAUGCCUGGGAUGAAGCCUGGUCCGGAUUCCAUUGGAAUCGUUGCUAUUUCUCAUGGUUGCCCUGGAGUGGCAGCACGUGCUUGCGGCCUUGUGGGUCUUGAACCUACAAGAGCCGCAGAAAUCCUCAAAGAUCGGCCAUCAUGGUACCGUGAUUGUCGAACAGUGGACGUCCUAAACGUGCUGUCCACCGGAAAUGGUGGAACCAUUGAAUUGCUUUACAUGCAGCUCUAUGCGCCCACAACAUUAGCCCCUGCUCGUGACUUCUGGUUGCUGCGGUACACUUCUGUUUUGGAGGACGGUAGCCUUGUAGUAUGUGAAAGAUCACUGAACAACACACAGAACGGGCCGAGUAUGCCGCCGGUGCAGCACUUUGUGAGAGCUGAUAUGCUGCCAAGUGGGUAUCUGAUAAGACCCUGUGAAGGGGGUGGAUCCAUUAUUCAUAUAGUCGACCACAUGGAUUUAGAGCCAUGGAGUGUACCGGAAGUGUUGCGCCCACUUUACGAGUCAUCCACAUUGCUUUCUCAGAAGACAACAAUGGCGGCUUUGCGGCAUUUAAGGCAGAUUUCUCAGGAGGUCUCUCAGCCAACUGCUACCAGCUGGGGAAGAAGACCGGCAGCCCUCCGUGCCCUUGGCCAGAGAUUAAGCAAGGGAUUCAAUGAAGCCGUAAAUGGGUUUACGGAUGAGGGUUGGUCCAUGAUGGAGACUGAUGGCAUUGACGAUGUUACCCUUCUCGUGAAUUCAUCUCCUGCAAAAGUCAUGGGAGUCAAUUUCUCUUAUCCCAAUGGGUUUCCAUCAAUGAGCAGCGCAGUGUUGUGUGCCAAAGCUUCCAUGCUUUUACAGAACGUGCCGCCUGCAAUACUUCUGAGAUUCUUGCGGGAGCACCGGUUAGAAUGGGCAGAUAGCAGCAUUGAUGCUUACUCAGCUGCUGCUGUUAAAGCUGGUCCCUGUGCCUUGCCAGGACCUCGAACUGGGGGUUUUGGGGGUCAAGUUAUUCUUCCACUUGCUCAGACAAUUGAACAUGAAGAGUUCAUGGAAGUUGUUAAGCUGGAAAACAUUGGCCAUUAUCAGGAAGACAUGUUUAUGCCCGCAGACAUCUUCCUCUUGCAGCUUUGUAAUGGAGUGGACGAGAAUGCUAUUGGGGCAUGCGCAGAACUUAUAUUUGCCCCAAUUGAUGCCUCUUUCUCGGAUGAAGCGCCUCUGCUACCUUCCGGUUUUCGCAUCAUUCCUCUUGAUUCUAAGGCGGAUGGCUCGAGUCCAAAUCGUACGCUUGACCUUGCAUCUGCUCUUGAGGUUGGUUCAGCUGUUAACAAAGCAUCUGGUGAUCAUGCUGCGCACCGUGGGAGCGUAAAAUCUGUGAUGACUAUCGCAUUUCAAUUUGCAUUUGAGAUUCACCUUCAAGAAAAUGUAGCAUCAAUGGCACGGCAGUAUGUCCGCAGCAUCAUUUCAUCUGUGCAGAGGGUGGCAUUGGCACUUUCUCCUUCUCCUUUCGGCUCACAACCCAGUUUUCGGCCACCACCAGGCACUCCGGAAGCACAUACACUCGCACGGUGGAUCUGUCAAAGCUACAGGUGCUACUUAGGGAUGGAGUUAGUAAAACCCAGCGGUGAAGGAAGUGACUCCAUCCUCAAAACACUUUGGCAUCACUCAGAUGCAGUUAUGUGCUGUUCUUUGAAGGCAUUGCCAGUUUUUACAUUUGCAAAUCAAGCAGGACUUGACAUGCUGGAAACGACCUUGGUUGCACUUCAAGACAUUGCUCUUGAAAAGAUUUUUGAUGACAACGGAAAAAAGACACUCUGCUCUGAGUUCCCACAGAUCUUACAACAGGGUUUUGCAUGCCUACAAGGUGGUAUCUGCUUAUCAAGCAUGGGGAGGCCAGUUUCCUAUGAGAGAGCAGUGGCGUGGAAGGUGUUGAAUGAAGAAGACAAUCCUCACUGCAUAUGCUUCAUGUUUAUCAACUGGUCUUUUGUUUGAUCCUGUGAACACUACACGUAUAGAAUCCAUAGAGUUAAAAAAAGGGGAAAAAAAAAAAAGAAAGAAAAGAAAAACUAGAUGAGUAAAAUCUCUUUUUAUAUAUAUAUAUAUAUAUAUAUAUAAUUUUUGCCUUGCGGUAUGGAAAAAACUAUCCUGGUAUGCAUCAUGCUGCUAUGAGCAAGCUCCAUCAAAGACAAGUAGGGCCCAAUUUUUUGUUAGGCCAUUCUGUAUUUUUAUUUACAGUUUAUUUAUGAGUUGCUUCUGUUCUGGCUGCU